CUUCUUCCCUUUCUCAGCACGAUAAAUACCCUCCCCAAACCCACACUUUCACAUCGCAAUUCAAAAUCUUUCAUCUUCCUUUUCGUUCAUCUUUCUUCAUUUCUCCGUCCCAGCCAUGUCUUCAACCGUUGGCCAGACGAUCAAGUGCAAAGCUGCCAUUGCAUGGGAGGCAGGAAAGCCACUGGUGAUCGAAGAAGUAGAGGUGGCGCCACCCCAAGCCGGGGAAGUCCGUUUGAAGAUCCUCUACACCUCCCUUUGCCACACUGAUGUUUACUUUUGGGAAGCCAAGGGCCAGACUCCAUUGUUUCCUCGUAUUUUUGGCCAUGAAGCUUCAGGUGUUGUUGAGAGCGUUGGCGAGGGUGUCACUCAUUUGCAACCAGGAGACCAUGCCCUCCCUGUGUUCACAGGAGAGUGUGGGGAAUGCGUACAUUGUAAAUCAGAAGAAAGCAACAUGUGUGAGCUCCUCCGGAUCAACACCGAUAGGGGUGUAAUGAUCAAUGAUGGUAAAUCAAGGUUCUCUAAGGAUGGAAAACCCAUACACCAUUUCUUGGGAACCUCCACAUUCAGUGAAUACACAGUUCUCCAUGCAGGAUGUGUUGCAAAGAUCAACCCAGCUGCUCCACUUGACAAAGUUUGUGUUCUCAGUUGUGGAAUUUGCACAGGUCUUGGUGCUACUGUUAAUGUUGCAAAACCAAAACCUGGUUCCUCUGUUGCCAUUUUCGGACUUGGAGCCGUUGGCCUUGCGGCUGCAGAAGGGGCUAGGAUUUCCGGUGCUAAAAGAAUCAUUGGAAUUGAUUUAGUUUCAGAUAGAUUUGAAGAAGCUAAGAAGUUUGGUGUUAACGAGUUUGUGAAUCCAAAGGAUCAUGAUAAACCUAUUCAACAGGUAAUUGCUGAAAUGACCAAUGGAGGUGUGGACCGGGCUGUGGAAUGUACUGGCAGCAUCCAGGCCAUGGUUUCUGCAUUUGAAUGUGUCCAUGAUGGUUGGGGUGUUGCUGUACUUGUUGGUGUGCCUAGUAAAGAUGAUGCAUUCAAAACUGCUCCUAUUAAUUUCCUGAAUGAGAGGACUCUUAAAGGAACCUUUUAUGGUAACUACAAACCACGCACUGACCUUCCUGGUGUUGUGGAGAAGUACCUGAGCGGGGAGCUAGAAGUAGAUAAGUUCAUCACUCACUCAGUUUCCUUCUCAGAGAUCAACAAAGCCUUUGAAUACAUGCUGAAAGGACAGUCCAUUAGGUGUCUUAUUCGCAUGCAAGACUGAGAUGGAUGAAAUAGUUCAUCACUCUGCUGUUGAGGACAGAGGUCUCCAUCUUAAUUUUCAAGUGUUAAUAAAGUUUUUAUAGAAAAUCCUCUUUUAGGAUUAUGAUUGUCAUUUUUGUUGAGUGUUGAGACUGAAACGGUAUUUGAUCCUUUGUUCCUUUGUUGCUGCUUAUGUCUCUUUUUAAUUUUGCUGUUUAAUUGUUAAUUAAUAUUUUACUUCUACAUUAA